ACUUAAUUAAAGCUGACCCGUCCUGAAGCCAGUAAGUUCAGAAACGUUCCGUAGAACGUAGUAAAAACCGUCGAAAGUAAUCUGGAAAAUGUCCUCUUCUCCACUCUCAAUGUUCUAUAACUAUGUACAGUUAAGUACAGUCUCAGUUUUUCUGGCUUUAAUAAUAUACCUUAUGACAUGGCCAAACUGGGCAAGGACCACAAGACAGUACUUGUUAAUGAUAUUGUCUGUGGAGUGUGGAUUUGAAGUAUUUCUUUUGUCAAAUACAGCGGUAAUAUUUUCUAUAAGUUGUUGUUCUACUUACUACUUCAUUUCUAUAAAUAUAAUACUUAUAGUUCAAGGAAGCUGUAAAAGAUGGUUUGUUUCACAUAAGAUGUCUAUUUUGGGCGAUAUCGGCAACCAUAUAUUUUUACGGCAUGAUGACUUUUACGGUAAAGAAGCCAGAGCAGACAAUUGACCCUGAUCUUUUGACAAAAAUAGAAAGAAACACCAGCUUGCAAUAUAAUGAAUUAAAAAGAUUGAAUGAAUUAAAUGAGCGAAUGAACUCAACUAUUGAGGAUACGGAAAGUUCUGACGACUCUGAAGACGAUUCGGAUUACAUUGAUUCCGCAGACGAAAAAGAGAUUUCAGGAGACGAGCUUCAAGAUUUAGAGAAACAUACGGACUAUGAUCUUCCUGGAUUUCGCAAAAGACCAGAUUAUUACAACGACAACAUGAACGAAAGCCCGAGCGAGUUUAAACGACAUGUGGAAUAUCUAGAAAAAAUGUCGGCAAAUCGUUCUAAGGAAUUACGUUACGGAAAUGGGGAAAUUUAA